ACGCCUUCAUUUAUACGAACAAGCAGCGACGAAGAGCGUUCUCAUCCAGAUCUAGCUCCUUUUUCAAGAGCUUUUCCUCAACCUCAUAUGCCACCCGUUCCUUGCUUCAGGUAAGGGAGGCUCAGAAACAAGAAAAUCAUGCUUCCAUGUGUGAUAGUAGUCUUCAUGCUCCUGUCGGGCGCCUGUGGAGAGAACCCAGCGGUACAAGUCAUCCUGGCGAACAAAGGGCUUCAGUAUGGGAAACAUGUUGGCACCGGAUGGGUCCAGGAGCAGUUUACGAAAAUUACCUUUCCUGACAUCAGUGGUGAUUUUGACAUCAAGAUUGGAAAAGUACACUACGUUCUAUCAGGUGUGACUAUAAGAAAGUGUGACCUCCCUGAGCCUGUUGUUGACUUUGAGCAGGGCACAGGCUUGAAGACAUCCAUCACAGGUCUCAGUAUUGCCGUUACUGGGGAAUGGAGGACAAGUUUUGGUGUAAUACAUGACGGUGGAACAUUCGACAUGGCUAUAUUCAACAUGGGUGUGACCUCUGUUGUGCGACUGGGUAGUGAUGCUGAGGGGCAUCUGUCUGUCACCAGCAACCGCUGUGACGCUUCAGUCAGCGACGUGGACUUGGUGUUCCACGGAGGAGCCAGUUGGAUAUUUCAGCCACUUGUCAAGUAUUUCAAAGGACAUAUCAUUGGGAUAAUACAAGAAACAAUCUGUCCUGAAGUGAACAAAGCCAUCGCAGGGCUGGACUACCAUCUGCAGGCCAUGAACGUGUCCUUCGGUGUAAACGAAGUCCUCACCCUCAGCGUCCCUCUCACCGGUCCCCCCGUCAUCAAUGCUUCCAGUCUGGGGUUAGGGUUUAAGGGGGAGUUCUACAGCACCAAAACCCACCAAGAGCCUCCCUUUGUGGCCCAGCGGUUCUUCUUGCUGCAGCAGCCGGGCUACAUGAUGUCCAUGGGAGUGUCAGAGUUCACCAUGAACUCUGCCUCGUUUGGAUACUUCUCAGCAGGAGUGCUUCAAGCCAUCAUCAACGACAGCAUGAUCCCUCCUUUCAGUCCCAUUCACCUGAAUACCUCCUCAAUGGGAAUGUUCAUUCCUCAGCUUCCCAAGAUGUUUCCAGGUUUGCUGAUGAAUCUGGAGGUGUAUGCCCGAGAGGCUCCAGUGUUUUCCCUCCAGCCUGGCGCCGGCUUCCUGGGUGUCCAGGUCGGGGUGAAGGCUGUCGCCCUGGAACCAAAUGGUACUCAGGUCCCACUGUUCAAACUCAACCUUGACGCAGAAAUUAUCUUUAAACUGAUGAUUGCUAAAGGGAAGCUGAUGGGCACCGUGAUGUUGGAUAACAUGACGUUGACUCUGGCCUCCAGUGAAAUCGGAGUCUUUAAGACGGAUUCUUUGGAGAACGCAGCAAAGGCAGUAAUGAAUAUGGGCAUACGUAAAGUGGACGCGAUGCUGAAAGAAGGGAUCGUUAUCCCAAGAAUGAAACAGGCACAACUGGUCAACACAGUGCUGGCGAUGCAGGAGGGGUUUGUGGCCAUUUAUUCGGAUGCAGAGCUUCUGCCAACAGACAAAAGCCCCUACUUAUAAACAUCAAAUAUGUGAUUUGUUUAAAUAUAAUUGUUUUAAAAUCCUUGGUUAACUCAAAAUAUAUCAGGCUUAAAGUGAUCUGGGCUGAUCUUUCUUCACAAGAGAGAAGCACCGUUGGCUGAAAUCCAAAACCUGAACGUACCAGAGCUUUCUGAGCCUCGCUACCCAACACAUGCUGAAACCCAAACACAUGAUUAACACUUGUACAGACGUGUCCAGCCACAAGUCUGGGGCUCAUUUGUGCCGAUGAUCAAGAGUACUGCCUGUAUUUACUCCAUAAUAAAUAUUAAUGUGCUUCCUG